UAUGCUUCCUUUGCAAACCCGACAGUUGUGUCCUUUUUUUAUUUCAAAAAGCGACAAGACUGAAUUGUCUAUAUGUUUACUUCAACAGACUCAUCAAAGAAAAAGUUUCUUGAAAAUACUAGAAUAGAAAGAGAGAAGCGAGAAAAUGAGCGUAUACAGAAACAGCAGUUAGAGAAACAACUCCAAGCAGCCGUAACUAUACAGAGAUGGUGGAGAAGUAGAGAUCAGCAACUCUUUUGGACUUGGUGGGACGCACGUCUAUCCACUCAGGAGCUAGACCUGAUGGAUUUCUAUCAACUACUAGGCAUAUAUUGUAUCAAGACAAAGCAUACACCAGAUCAAACUCGCUUAAAACGUAUCGUGAAGCAUUUGACAACCAACAAGUUUAGUAAUAAGGUACCUUAUUACGUACUCUUGAUUGAUAUGCGGUACAUGACACAAGCUCGUCGCUACUUAGAAUAUGUGAUUAUGCAGUGUAUCACACAGUGCACUUCUUUGACUGACCAGACAUCAUUUGGGCCAGAAUUGACUCUGUUACUUCAGUACUUGAACCCAAAGACCUAUCAAACAAAACACAUGCUUGACCCAUCCUAUGUGAUUGAUAUUCCUGAUAAAGUGUUGCAGAGCAUAGCACAGAGUAUACUCAAGACAACUAUUUGUCAAUGUCAAUUCCUCCAGCCCUUCAUGGCAUGUGUGCAGCAGAUCAUUAAACUUCAAGAUAGAAAGACACAGGAUACAGCCAAGAUCAAUGCUCUUAAACUAUGGUUGACUACCAUGACUCGACUCACUCUAUACCCUAUUGAGCAUGCUGAACUCUCAAGUGAUGCAUUAGACAUGGAAACAGCUUCUCGGUUCUUAUGGACAAAUACGUUGGCUGUGCCUUAUAUCACUGCAUCCAUUCAUGACAUGAUGGUGGAUCGACUUCGCAAAUGGGCUCUAGUAACGCCUUAUUUCUUGGCUCAAGAGGACUAUGCACAAUUGGGCGGGAAUGGGUGCUUGUUUCUGUUGGCAAAUCUAGUUGACCUUUGGAACCAUCCCAACAACAAUCUAAAGACAGAGCAAGAGAUGCGGUUAGUGGAGAUAGUCAUAUCAUUUCUAGUCCAUAUCUCACCUUGUUUUUUGGACUAUCAACGACCUCCUUUUACUCAAUAUCAUCCCAUAUUUAAAUGGUCUCAAUGUAGUUGGGGUAACAAUCUACCCAGUAGUGUGUUUGAUAAAGUCAUCAAACAGAUCGAAUACAUUUGGUCUCGCGCGUUUAUGGAUGGUGUGUUUAGCAAUAUUAUUCGAUUCGAUACCAGUCAACAUCCAGUUGAGCAAAAAAGAAGACUCUCGUUCAACAAUACACAUACCAAAAGGAAAAGUAUGCAUAAUAGCAGCUUUGCCUUGUUUUCAAUGGAGAUUGAAUCUAUAUUCUCCAUGUAUAUGCAACUGACGCAUUUAUUUAAAGCACAUCGAAAAGUGAUAUUCUAUCGCAUUGCAUUUACGACUCAUCUAAUGCCUCAAUUGUGGAAACUCAUGAAUCGUUUUGGUCCUGAGGGUAACAUGGUGAUCUAUUUGGACGCUGCUAAACGAAAUGAUAUUGAUCAAGAGCCACUUGUUCAAGUGCUUAAGGUUUUUUGCGAAGCUUGUUCUAUUGUAUUUCUAACAUUGGAUGAUGUGGAUAUCUUUGUGCACAAGAAGCCAUUCUCACCUCAAGAUUUGAUUGAUAUCAGUAGCUUUCUAAACUCUUUUUAUUUUUCAUUGAUACAACAACACACAUCAGUGCCCACUGAACUUCCACCUGCAGCAGAAUCGUUUAAAUCAGCCCGCCGUCUAUUACUACAAAUCUAUGACCUGGAUCUACAUCACCCUUUUUGUCCUAAAAACCACUGGUUAUUGAUUUCUUCUAUGACCACAGGCAUGAAAUCAUUUUUCAAUUCUUUGUUUCAUAGUCUCAAUAGUGAUUCACCUACUUCAAAGCGAGUCUCUAAUUCGUCUGCCUCUUUGUUCCUCAGUAAUUUACGACAAGGAGAUCCUGUGCCACUCAGAAUAUUACAGUUAAUGCCACAUACAGUCUCUUUUGAUAUGCGACUCAAAAUCUUUCGAGAUUGGGUAGCUCUGGAUCGAUCCAUGACACCUAAAUCCGUCAGUAGAUACAUCAAUAUACGCCGGGAUCAUGUAUUGGAAGAUGGGUUUAGCGCCUUGUCUGAACUGCCCCUCUCUGCUUGGAAGGGAACCAUUCGAGUGACUUUUGUAAAUGAAUUGGGUGUAGAAGAAAUUGGAAUUGAUCAAGGAGGACCUUUUAAAGACUUCUUGACUAUGAUGAUAUCAGAAGCAUUUGAGCCCAAUGUAGGGUUGUUUGCUGCUACAAAACAGAAUAGUUUCUAUCCAAGUGCUACUUCAAGCAUACAUGGUAAAAAUCAUAUCCAACUCUUUGAAUUUAUUGGCAAGGUUAUUGGAAAAGCAUUAUAUGAAGGUAUUUUGUUGGAUGUACAGUUUACCCGAUUCCUUUUGGCACGGUUAUUGGGUCGUAAUGUAUUCUUGGAAGAAUUGAAAGAGUUGGAUGAAGAAGUUUGGAAAAACUUGACUUUUAUUAAACGUUAUGAAGGAGAUGUGGAGGAUUUGUGUUUGUCUUUUGAGACCAACGAACAGGUGUUGGGCAAGAUUGAAUCCCAUGAACUCAAGUUUAAUGGAAGAAAUACACCGGUAACAAACAACAAUAAAAUAGAAUACAUUUACUUGAUGGCAGACUACAAACUAAACCAACGAGCCAAAGAACAAACUAAGGCCUUUAUUCAUGGCUUCCGUACUGUGAUUUCAGAAAGUUGGAUUCGCAUCUUCUCUCCCCCGGAGCUCCAGAGGUAGCAUAAUGAUAAAAGAUAAAUUUCUUGUAUCUACCAUCCACACACACAAAAAAAAGACUAAAUCAAAUUGACUCUAUAGGGUUUUGUCUGGUGAAGAUACUGAUUUUAACAUUCAAGAUUUACGUAAACAUACACAUUAUGAAAAUGGAUAU